AUGGAGAAUGCAACUCUCAGUGCUAUCACCAACUUCACCAACACUGAACCUCUGGCCAAGAUGCCCGAAAAUCCUUUAGAAGUACAGAUCAUCACCAUAUUCCUCUCUCUGCUCAUCUGUGGAGUUGGUAUCGCAGGUAACAUCAUGGUGGUUUUGGUGGUUCUCCGGACCAAACACAUGAUAACUCCAACCAACUGUUAUCUGGUCAGCUUAGCAAUUGCAGAUCUCAUUGUUCUCUUGGCUGCUGGACUGCCAAACAUCUCUGAGGUUGUUUCUUCUUGGAUCUAUGGGUAUACUGGUUGCUUGUGUAUCACUUACCUGCAGUACCUGGGCAUCAAUGUUUCCUCUUGCUCCAUCACAGCUUUCACUGUUGAGCGCUACAUUGCAAUAUGCCACUCUAUCAAAGCACAGUUUAUAUGUACUGUAUCCAGAGCCAAAAAGAUCAUUGCCUGCGUUUGGAUCUUCACCUCACUUUAUUGCAUCAUGUGGUUUUUCCUGGUAGACAUACAUGAGAAGGUAUACUCGAAUGGUGUGGUGGUGAAAUGUGGCUACCGGGUGUCGAGGAACCUCUAUAUGCCGAUCUACUUUUUGGACUUCACUUUGUUUUAUGUCAUUCCUUUAGUCAUGGCAAUGGUGCUUUAUGGGUUGAUUGCCAGAAUAUUGUUUAUGAACCCACUGCCCUCGAAUCUGUCUGGAAGAGGAAGUGAUUCAAUCCACCAGGGACGUACGAACAGCAUGGUCAAGGUCUCCUGCAAACCAAACAAGGGAACAGUGUCAUCCAGAAAACAGGUGACUAAGAUGCUAGCAGUGGUAGUGGUACUGUUUGCUCUGCUCUGGAUGCCCUAUCGCACGCUGGUGGUGGUAAACUCGCUAAUGGAUCCUCCUUACCUCAACACCUGGUUCCUGCUUUUCUGCCGCAUGAGCAUCUACACCAACAGUGCCAUCAACCCCAUCAUCUACAAUGCAAUGUCACAAAAGUUCCGCACUGCUUUUAAGAAGCUCUGCCGCUGCAAAAACACCUCCAGUAAGGAAAAGGCAGCAAAGCACAACAUCCCAAUGUACUACAGUGUCAUCAAAGACUCACCACAUGAAAGUCCUGAUUACGAAACGGAACAGGAGGACAUCAGUACGUACAGCGUCUCUGCCAAGAGGGUAAACUUUUCUGAGCAGGCUGGAGGAGGAACCACUGCAAACAUGUUUAGCAUCGCAUGA